AUGAAGUCUGUCAUCUCUGCAGCAAUUUUGGCCUACGCCGCCGGAAAUGUCGCCGCCCACGCGACUUUCCAGGACCUCUGGGUUGAUGGUGUUGAUCAGGGAACAACCUGUGCUCGUAUCCCUCUGAGCAAUUCGCCCGUGACCGACGUUACCUCGGACGACAUUGUUUGUAACGCUGGUACUUCUGCAGUCACGUCCAACUGCGACGUGACUGCUGGAUCUACUGUCACUGUUGAGAUGCACCAACAGCCCAAUGAUCGAUCGUGCUCAAAUGAAGCCAUCGGCGGAGCGCACUACGGUCCCGUCCUCGUUUACAUGAGUGCUGUUUCGGAUGCCACGAGCGCUGAUGGCUCCGAUGGCUGGUUCAAGAUUUUCGAGGACACUUGGGCCUCUGCUGGUUCAUCUGGCAGCGACGACAACUGGGGUACCAAGGAUCUCAACAAUUGCUGCGGCAAGAUGGAUGUCAAAAUUCCCUCUGACCUUGCCCCUGGUGACUAUCUCCUCAGAGCUGAGGCUAUUGCCCUGCACUCUGCUGGCUCUUCUGGUGGUGCGCAGUUCUACAUGACAUGCUACCAACUUACCGUCAGUGGUAGCGGCGCUGCUUCCAUCUCGGACACUGUGCUCUUCCCUGGUGCUUACGAUGCCUCUGACCCCGGUAUCCUGAUCAACAUCUACCAGUCGAUGAGCACCUAUGGGGCUCCUGGUCCCACUGUCUACUCUGGCGGCUCUACCCAGAGCGCGGGUGCAACCUGUGCUGCCAGUGCUACUGGUGCAGCUGCGACCACCUUGGCCUCUGCCUCGGCUACCACAGCUGUCACCACUGCUACCACCUCGUCCACAGUCUCCUCUCAAGUACAGGCCGUGACGUCGGCUUCCGUCGCCAGCUCUUCCUCCCAAGCAGCCGCAGCUACGAGCGCUGCCAGCACUACAUUGACCACUGCCGCGUCUUCGGCCACCAGCGCCACCGAGGCCGCGUCCUCGGCCGUCACCUCGACCGUAAGCUCUGCCAAGGCAACUUCGACCGCUGGCUCUACCUGCAAGCGCCGACGCAGACGCGCGAACAAGAACCGUCGCUCUUAG